AGAUUGACACACUCUCAAAACCUCAUCAAAUGUCACUUUAUGAACCAGCUGAUGGUCUAUUAGGGACUCAUGUUACGUGGCAUGAUGUAGAACUUCAAAUGCAAAGAGUUCUCGGGACCACGGCAAAAUUUGGUGAAAACAGACAAAUUUGUGAUAUUGGAGACAUGAAGGGGUUCAUGUCCAAAAUAGCAAUGAUCCAAGCUGACUGGAUCCCACGUUUUGACACUGAAAAUGCCCAAAACCUUCCCGAUCGGAUAGCUGUCAAAAUGUCAUCUGAACUCUCUUUAUACAAUUUCUCAACAUUGGUUAGCUCGGAGACAUGGGAUAUUGAAAAAAUGAAAUCAAUGACUUCACUAGUAAAAGAACUUCACAAUCGAGAAGUUGAUAUGUAUCGUAUAAUAAUGAGAGAAAAACCUGCAUGUCCAACAGUUAAUGUUCUUUCUCUUGAAGCAUUUACGGAACUUUCACCAUUAAAAGCUUAUAUCAUUUCUGAAUAUAUCCCGAAUCUUCAUCACGUAGGAAUGAAUGAUUGUAUAUCGAUUGAAGAGAUAUGGGCAGUGGUAGACGGAAUUGCUGCAUUUUCAGCAAUGGGUGAAAGUAUGAGUGAAGAUGAGAAGAAGAAAUCAACGAUCGGAGAAAUUUAUAUUGAAGAAGCUGUUAAAUACUUUUUCGAUGAUCAGAGCCCGGAUAACAUGAGGAAAAAUUUGAUUAUGAUUCUUGGUGUGGCUUAUGAAGAGAAAGUGGAAGAAGCAAUGGAUAUUUUUGAUUUGUAUUGUGGAAGUUCAGAAAUUCAGAAGAAUUAUUCAAGAGUUUCAGCAUUUUUAGGCCAUAGUCCAGUCCUAAUGCAUUCUGACAUUUGGCCUUCCAACCUGCUCUUCUCUCUGUCUUCAGAGAAUAAGCUGGAAUUCAAAGCACUCAUUGACUUUCAAACAGCAUCACUGAGCAGUCCGGGCCUGGACGUUGGAUGCCUAACGGUCACAUGUCUGUCGAAAAAGGACCGUCGAACUGUUCAAUCUGAAAUUCUCGAUAGAUAUUACAAAUCAUUUGUCAAAAGCCUGAAGACUCCAAACUCAAUUCCAUAUACUCGUGAGCAACUCGAAGAUUCAUAUGAACUUUGCUUCCCGGCAUCUGUCAUUCUAAUGCUUCCGUUUAUAUUGUCAUUUUCUGUGAAACUCGGUGAAAAUAUCAACGAGGAAUCCGUAGAGAAGAUGGCAGGACUGAUUGAAGAUCUCGUAACUGUGCAUAACUCAAAUCUCUCCAAGUUCCCCGGUUUUUUCAAAAACUUAUGACCGUGAUAUUAACUUCUUUUUUAUUCAAAUUUACAUUUCACAGAUCAAAAGUUCAAAGGAAAGAGAAAAACAAGAAAUGUUUUGUUUUUAAUUUUAAUUUUCAAAACAAAAAUGGAAAUAAACUAUUACAAUUCAAAU